GUUAUCGAUGAAUUUUCCAAUUGGAGUAUUGAUGUAAACAAAAAACAAAAGGGAAAAAGAAAGGUAAAUAAAACAAUGUCCCGAGGCGGAGAACUGGUCUUCAAAACGAAGAAAACGUCAGAGAAGAUAUCGGAAAACAUACACAUUUUCGCGAACGAUCCAUCGCUGGCGUUUUUCCGGGUCCAAGAGCACGUUCGCAAGGUUUCCCCAGCGAUUUUCGAGAAGCGCGAUGAGGUCUUCCAACUGCAAAACAAUCUCCAGGGACAUUGCUACGAUAUGGAAUACGGAAUACAAGCCCUGCGAACCAUUGAAAAAUCGGAGAGCGUAUUCGACAAUAUACAGGAAAUGAUCAAGGCUUCUAUUUUCCUUAAGCAACAGCUGAAAUACGAGGAAAACAGGAAGAAAAUCAAGAAGGAAAGCACCAAGUCCUCGGUUUACAAAAGAUUCUCAGCUCACCUCGCUUUGGAUUUGCCAGAUUUACCUGAUUUCGGUGGUGUUAUGCGGGAAACUAGCCAGCGGAUGGAGAAUAUGAUAGGUCCUGGCACAGGAACAGGACGAACUGAGACCCAGACCACCCAAUCCAGUAAUCCAGGGGAACUCCAGAGAUCAUAUACCACACUCCACUAGUUAGUCAUAGGUUUUAGCUUUUAAUAUUGUAUUUUUAGUUUUGAUUAUUACAAAAAAAAGAGUAUAUUUUAAAACAACAUGAUAAAUGUUUGGUUUUGAUUUUGGUUUUAUUAACUUUUACAAUAACGAUGAUAAAUGUUUGGUUUUGAUUUUUGUUUCAUUAUUUAGCUUACUCAUACCUAUAAAAUGUAUAUGUAUUUUACGUUGUGAGUUUGAGUUUAACAAUUCGAUGCCAGCACAACCAAUUAGUUUGAAUUAAUAUUAAAAAAUAAAUUGAUAAUUAUUUACACUGUUAUGACUACAA